GACUAAGCAGGAACAAUGAAAUGAAAAGAAAAGCUCUCCCUCCUCGGGCUUUUUCUGUCAACGGAACGCAGGGGCUGGGCCCGACAAGCGCGUGGGGGAACAGAGAAGAACGGACACUCGGCCUGACAGUUGCCUGGUAACGCCCGCCGGAGCGGUCCCAGCGUAAUAAGGACCCUGGGAAGUGACACUGGCCUGGAGUGGGACCCCGUAGUCCGUUCUCUUGGCACCAGCGGCCUGUCCCCGCGCCUUGGCGGGGUCGAAACGGGGAGAUGUUGCAGGAAGAGUCGGAUCUGUCUCUCAUUAUUGCCCAGAUCGUCCAGAAGCUCAAGGGCUCCAAUUUGUACGCUCAGUUGGAACGGCAGGCCUGGACCAGUCUUCAGAGACCUGAAAUUAAACUUGAAUCACUAAAAGAAGACAUUAAGGAAUUCUUUAAAAUAUCAGGUUGGGAGAAGAAACUCCAGAAUGCUGUUUAUAGUGAGCUGAGUGUGUUUCCUUUGCCUGGUCACCCUGCUGCGCCUCCGGAACAUCUCAAGGAGCCUCUGGUCUACAUGAGAAAAGCGCAGGGAAGUUGGGAAAAAAGAAUUUUGAAGAGUUUAAAUAGUAUGUGCACUGAAUUGAGUAUCCCACUGGCACGAAAGAGGCCAGUUGGAGAACAGAAAGAGCUUCUCAAUAAAUGGAAUGAAAUGGGAACUGAUGAACCAGAUUUAAGCCUCUUCAGACCUGUUUAUGCACCGAAGGAUUUUCUCGAGGUAUUAAUUAAUCUUCGCAACCCAAAUUAUGAAAAUGGUGAUUCUCUUAGUUUCAGGACUCACUUGGGUUUAAUCCAAGUUCCUCUGAAAGUAAAAGACAUACCUGAAUUGAAAGAGUUCUUCGCGGAACUGGGCUUAACAACAGGACAACUGGGUAUAGAUGACUCCACACAAGUGCCUCCUGAACUUUUUGAAAAUGAGCAUGUACGCAUUGGGCAAAAAGUUCUAGCAGAACAAGACAGUGCUGCUGCGCAACAGUACAUCAGACAGGGAAGUCCCACGGCGCUGCGGGCGGAGUUAUGGGCUCUCAUUUUGAAUAUCUCCAGUCAGCCAGAGGACAUCUUAUAUUAUGAGCAGCUUAAGACUAAUGUGAUACAGCAUGACCUUUUGGUGGACAGUCUAAUUUACAAAGAUGUGAAGUUGACAGCAAGUAAUGAUGAUUAUUAUUUUGUAUUUGAAGAUUAUUUAUAUCAGGUAUUACUUUGUUUUUCCCGGGACACAUCUGUGUUGGGUCACUUUGCGUACAACAGUGCUUCACCACCGAAAUCAUACAUACGAGGCAAACUAGGACUAGAAGAAUAUGCUGUCUUUUAUCCACCAAAUGUUGCACCACUUUGUUUUCUAUAUCAUGAACCUUCAAAAUUGUAUCAGAUAUUCCGUGAGAUGUACGUGCGUUUUUUCUUCAGGCUCCAUUCCAUCUCCUCUCAUCCUUCUGGCAUUGUGUCACUCUGCUUGCUGUUUGAAACUCUUCUUCAAACUUAUCUCCCCCAGCUCUUUUAUCAUCUACGAGAAAUUGGGGCUCAACCACUUCGCAUAUCAUUUAAGUGGAUGGUCCGAGCUUUCUCUGGAUACUUAGCAACAGAUCAGCUCCUGCUUUUGUGGGAUAGAAUCCUUGGAUACAACUCUCUGGAAAUUCUUGCUGUUCUGGCAGCUGCUGUGUUUGCUUUCCGAGCAGUGAACCUGAUGGAGGUGACAUCAUUGGCUGCAGCUGAAGCAGUUCUUGCUGAUCUUUCUACUUUAAAAGUUAUGCCUCUUCUUCAGAUUUUUCUGUUUGCUACUGUCACUUAAUCUUCUAAAGGUCACUGACAACACAUCUAGUUUUUCAUUAGAAACUAAUCAUGAACUAUGCAAACUCUGCAUAAAACCAAAAUUAAACCUUGCAUAUAAGCCAAUAAAGAUCAUGUUCCCUCCUAAGUUAAACCUAAGUAGUUUUUCACUUUUUGAAACAAUUAUUCUGCACACCAAAUAUUGCACGGCAUGCUGCUGAUUUUCAACAGAGAAGCAAUAGAUGUGUUUCUGCUAACUGAGCAUUAUAUAUAUAUAUAUAUAUAUAUAUAUAUAUAUAUGACUUUAUAAAAGGCAUGUAACAUAUGCAAUAAGACAAAAAUACUGUAAUAAACUUGGAGAGGUCAUUUGUCUCUGGGACAAUUCUCUCAUGUCAGUUCUAAAUUAUCUGUAUCAUUUUGCCCUAUAUGUUGUUUUUCACUCAGAGUCAUGGGUGGGGUAGGAUGUGGGAAGACUUGAAAAAGAAAACCCUUUAAGUAGGAAUUCAAAUGUGCUUUGGUGUUCUUAACUUUUCUCUCACCAGAGAUCUUCUAGAUCCUUUU